AUGGUGGAUGUUGUGCGAGAGGAAUGUCUGAAGCGGAGUAAAUGUAAGGUGGAGAGAUAUUAUAAUUCCAUGCUGAAAUUUGGGGCCUCUGAUACUGACACCAACCGAGUGACUGGUAGUUUGAUUGAAAAGAAUAAGAAAUUGGCUAAUUUAUUACAUGACAUUGAGUUGCUAGAAGAAAAGUUAAAAGGUUUGGAAGAAAUGGAAAUGGAACAGAAGUUACUACAUUUCAAGGAAUUAGGUGGUGUUCUCGAAGAAGGCAGCUCAAAAGAAAAUACUUCAGCUAGAUAUGAUAUGGAGGACGCUUUAAAAUUAGGACCAAUAACAUGGAACGGUAAUCAAAUGCAAUCUAAUCGGCGAAGAUACAGUUUUCUUGUUGCGCAGUUAAAGAAGUCUUUACGAUCAGUUGAAACAGGUGAAUUCAUUCUAAUUCCAUCGAAAACGCGUGGUCGAAUAGGUCGUCUUGAACUAAAUCAGUUGUUAAAAAAAAUGGACGAAAUUUUUUCGGAUAAAUAUAUAUGUCAAAAACGGCCUCCUCUUGCACUGAAGAAUGCCAAAAGACAGGAGUGUGAAAAACUGAGAGGACGAUGGUAUAUUACAUUGAAUGAGCUUCUCGUUCGAUUUACAUCAAAAGAAAAAAUUUCCUGGAAAUUUGCGCUACCUUGUUUGAUAUAUUUGAAACGAUUCGAGGAAUUACGGAUAGAUGAUAAUAGUGUCUUCAUCGUAGCCGUCUUAUCCUGA